UUGAGCGGUUGCAGAAUGCAGAUAAGUCCUUCAAAGCAAUUGCCUUCCCCUGCGAAGGAAACUCUUUCCCCUGCCAAAAGGCGCUUGGAUGCGCUGAUGAAGUCAAUGGAUGAAGAGUGUUCACUCGAGAAACGAAAUAAAGAGAAUAAUCCAAUUGAGAAAUUGAGGAACAAAGAUGAAGAGCAGUAUUUGGAUUUGAUAAAAAGGAUUAUCGAUAAUGGUGACGAGCGGAUGGAUCGUACCAUGGUGGGUACCCGAUCCAUUUUCGGCGCCCAAAUGCGCUUCAAUCUACGCGAUUCGUUCCCCUUGCUGACCACCAAGCGCGUCUUCUUUCGGGGCGUGGCCGAGGAGCUGAUCUGGUUCAUUGCUGGGCAGACAGAUGCAAAGAUCCUGCAGGAGAAGAAUGUACACAUAUGGGAUGGUAAUAGCACCCGCGAGUUUCUCGACAAAUGUGGCCACACGGAUCGCGAGGUGGGUGAUCUGGGUCCGGUAUAUGGCUUCCAGUGGCGUCACUUUGGCGCAAAAUAUGGUAAAUGCACCGACGACUACACCGGCCAGGGUAUUGAUCAGCUGAAACAGGUCAUCGAUACUAUACGCAACAAUCCGGCGGAUCGUCGCAUCAUAAUGUCCGCCUGGAAUCCUUUGGACAUACCCCAAAUGGCGUUGCCGCCGUGCCACUGCCUGGCGCAGUUCUAUGUAUCGCAGUCGCGUGGUGAAUUGUCCUGCCAACUGUAUCAGCGCAGCGCCGACAUGGGUCUGGGAGUGCCUUUCAACAUCGCCUCGUAUGCCUUGUUGACCUACAUGAUCGCCCAUGUGACGGGCUUAAAACCCGGCGAUUUUGUCCAUACACUGGGCGAUGCUCACGUCUAUAACAAUCAUGUGAAUCCCCUGCUGGAGCAGAUGAAACGUGAACCACGUCCCUUCCCCAAACUUGUUUUCAAGAGGCAAGUUACGAAUAUUGAGGAUUUUCGCUACGAAGAUUUCGAAAUUGUUGGUUACAAUCCGUACGGAAAGAUUCAAAUGGAAAUGGCCGUAUAAUUGAUAAUUCUUAUU